AUGACUUCAAGAAUAAUAACAACAUCUAAAAAUACUAAUGAUCAACAACAAGAUUUACAAACAUUAAAAAAGAUGUUAAAAAAUUCAGCUUAUCCAGAAAAAGGGAUCAGUAAAUUGAUUGAACAAACAAUUCGAUCAAGUAAUCAACCAUUAAAUGAAGAAACAAAAGUUGGUAUAUGGAAAAGAAUAAAACAACAUGAAAACGAAAUUUUAAAAGAUAAAGAUGAAUCAAAAUCGGAAAUUGUUCAGCACUUCCAUUCAGGACGAUAUCAAUGUAUGUUUCAUCUUGAAGAAGCUUUUAUAAUCGAUACUGCAGCAAAUUGGUUUAAGAGAAGGACAAAAGAAGCUAUUUAUUCUAUAAUAAAUGAAUCUGUUAACAAAUUUCGUCAUCAACUGAAUGUACAUACAUUUCUUAUGUUUAUCAAAUUGUUAUGCAUUGUAUAUACUCUUUUUGUUUCAAUUUUCAGUGAACAAUUACAGCCUCCAAUAAUUUUACGUGAAUCAAGUGAUGAUGAUGUACCAUUAGGUUCUCGUAAAGUUUUUACUUGUAAUGCAAUUGGUUAUCCUCCUCCAACUUAUAUGUGGUUACGUGAAUGGGAAAAUUUAACAUCAAAUUUUUCUUCAUUUAGUUAUUUUGAAAUAACAUCAGCUAAAAAACAAGAUCAAGGUUCAUAUAGAUGUUUAGCUAAAAAUGAUGUUGGUAUUGUUGCAAGUAAAUCAACACAUUUAACAAUAUGGUAUUUUGAUGGUUUAAUUAAUAAUCAACGUGAUCAAUUUAUAAAUGUUUAUGAAUCUGAUGCAAUUAUUUUAUAUUUACCAAUAAUAAAUUCAUCACCUGAACCAAGUGUACAAUGGUUUAUGAAAAGUAGUUCAUUAUCACGUGAUAAUAAACGUAUUAUAAUUAAUGAAAAAUAUUUUAUUACAUCAAAACAUAAUCUUGUUAUACUUAAUACAGAAUAUCAAGAUGAAAAAAUUUAUUUUGCUAUUAUUGAAAAUAUAUUUGUUGGUGGUACAAAACAAUCAUCAGAUUAUCGUUUACAAAUUAAUCGACGAAAAACUUCAUUUCAAAAUUCUAUACCAGAAUUUAUUAUUAAACCAAUAGAUCAAUUAGCAACAAUUGGUGAUCCUAUUAAAUCAUUUGAAUGUGUUGCUAAUGCUGGUUCUAGUAAUUCUAUUGAAAUAAUUUGGCAAAAAAAUUCUGUAUUAAUUGAUCAAACAAAUGGACGAUUUCAUAUUGGUCCUUAUAAUCGUACACUUGAAGUUCGUGGAAUAAUUGCUGAUGAUCAAGGAAUAUAUUCAUGUCAUGUACGAAUACGAAAUAGUGAAAUAUUUAUAAAUGCAAGUGCAAAAUUAAUUGUUCGAGGUGUUCCUAUAAUAACAACAAAUUUUCCACUUAUACAAAAUGUUGAUUUACAAGAUAAAGUAAUUUUUACUUGUGAUGGAACACAAGCAUCAAUAGAUGUUAAUGUAACAUGGUAUAAAAAUGCUGUUCGUUUAAUAAAUCAAUCAUCGAAAAUUCAAUUAAUUGAAAAUAAAUUAAUAAUUAAUGAUAUUGAAUGGAAUGAUCAAGGUAUGUAUCAAUGUUUUUUAACAAAUGAUGUUGGUGAAGAUACUCGUUCAACAUGGUUAAAAAUUAAAAGUGAACCACCGACUGUAUCUGUUAGUAAAGAUUUAAUAGUUUUUAAUGGAACUGAUGUUCAAUUAACAUGUAAUGUCAAUGGAUCACCAUGGCCAAAUAUAACUUGGUUUAAAUUAAAUUUAAAUAAUAAUGAACGAAUUUUAUUAAAUAAUAUUUAUGGAAGAUUUCAUAUUGAUCAUCGAACUGGUAUUUUAUCAAUAUCAAAUACAAUACGAAAUGAUUCUGGUCUAUAUGAAUGUUUAGCACAAAAUAUUCUUGGAUCAGCAAAUGCACAUACAACAUUACUUGUUCGUCGACGAACAAGAAUUAUAUCAUUACCACAAACAAUGAAAAUUAUUAAAGCACAAUCAUUAAUACUUGUUUGUCAUGUAUUUAAUGAAGAUGAUGUAUCAAAAAAAAUUUCUUGGUAUUUUAAUUCUAAUCAAAUUAUAUCACAAAAUAAAUUUUAUAAUGAAAGUACAAUUUUAAUUGAUACACCACAAAAUCAAGAUACAGGUAAUUAUACUUGUAAAGUCGAAUCCGAAGCAGGUAAUGAUAGUCGUACAACAGAAGUUACAGUUAUUGAAUUACCUUGGCCACCAACAUUUGUUCGAGCAUCACUUGUCAAUGAUUCUAUAAGUAAAUCAAUUGUUGUUAAUUUAACUUGGAUACCUAAUUUUGAUGGAAAUAUGCCAAUUGAACGAUAUACAAUUCAAAUGAAAGAUAGUACAUUAUCAGAUAUUAAUGAAUUAUCUUCAUUCAAUGAUGAACUCGGAUGGGAAAAUAAAGAAGAUAUUAUUAUACAAAAACAUCCUACCAAAACUUGGAGUUUAUUACGUGGUCUUCGACCAUUUACAACCUAUCGGUUUCGAUUAUCAGCUUGGAAUCAAUUAGGAGAAGGUCAAAUAAGUGCUCCUAGUAACAAAGUUACUUUGCCAGAAGAAAUUCCAAAUGGUACUGUUAAAUCUCUAACAGCUAUUCCUCGUGAUUCAACAUCUGUAUUUAUUGAAUAUACAAAACCAAUUGAAUCAAGUAUUAAUGGACAAUUAAUUGGUUAUGAUAUUAAUUAUGCAUUAAAUUAUCCAAAUUUAAAUUGGAAAUCAAUUCGUGUUAAUUCAUCCACACAAUCAUAUAUUUUAAAAGAUUUAAUGACAUGGGAAUCAUAUUUAAUAUCUGUAUCAGUUGUUAAUAAUGUUGGUAUUGGUCCAGCAAGUGAAAUAGUUAAAGUUCGUACACUUGAAGGUAUACCAAGUCGUGCACCAACAAUUAUUCAAUAUGAACCAAUGAAUUCUACAGCAAUUAUGAUUAAAUGGCAUGGUCCAUCUUCAUCAUAUAUUAAUGGAAUUCUUAACUCAUUUAAAAUUGAAUUAACUGAUUUAAAUCGAAAUAUAACAUUUUAUCAAGAACAACAAGCUAAACCUAUUGAAUUCUAUCAACUUAUUAUUAGUAAUUUAAAAAAAUAUACAAAUUACUCAAUUAGAAUUAAUUGUGCAACUAAAAUUGGUAGUGGACCAUGGUUAACACCAAUGAUUUAUGUUCAAACACUUGAAGAUGUUCCUGAUCAAGUAGAAAAUUUAACUUUUUCUAAUGUAUAUGAUACAUCAUUGGAUAUAAGUUGGCAAAAACCAUUGGAAAUAAAUGGAUAUUUAAUUGGUUAUGAACUUGAAUGGUAUCAAAUGAAUAAUACACAAUUAAAUUUAACAGAUCGUUCAAUAAUUGAAAUUGAACCUGAUUUAACAACAUAUAAAAUAAAUAAUUUAUCAGCAACAACAUGGUAUUUAAUAAGUGUUCGAGCUAAAACACGAAAAGGUUUUGGUUUAAAACGUUCAGCAUCAAUUGAAUCAGGUUAUCCACCUGAAAUGCCAUCACCACCAACUAAUCUUGAAAUUAUUUCAAUUGAAAAACGUUCUGUAACAAUAAAAUUUUCACCUGGUUAUACAGGUAAAACAAAUAUUUUACGUUAUAUUAUUCAAAUUCAAAUGAGAAGUAAUAAUUCACAAUGGGAAAAUAUUCAAUCUUUUUCUAUUGAUCAAUCAAAAUUAAUUGUUCGUGAUUUAUAUCCUAAUAAAUUAUAUCGAAUACGAAUGUUAGCUGUUAAUAUUAAAGGAAUAAGUAAUACAAGUAUUCCAACAGAUUUCUUUCGAACAAAACCAGAUGUACCAUCAAGUGUACCACAAAUAUUAUUAGCACAAGCAAUUAAUUCAAGUGCUAUAAGAGUUCGAUGGAUGCCAAUUGCAACUAAUGAAUGGAAUUCCAUGUCAUCAAAUGGAAAAGAUAUUGGUUAUAUAAUUUCAAUUAAUGAUUCACUAACACGAAAUAUUAAAAUUGAAGAUCCAUUAAAAAUGGAAUUUAUAUUUAAUAAUUUAUCACCAGCAAAUACAUUAUUUCUUAUUCGAUUACAUACUUAUAAUCGUAUUGGUAUGAGUAAAAUUUCAAUAGAAACUAUUGAAAAAACAUUUGAAAAUGUACCUCUUCAUCCACCAUCAAAUAUUCGAAUUGAUUUAAUAAAUGGAACAUCAGCUAGAAUUCAUUGGAAUUCAUUAAAUCCAAUUGAUCAAGGUGGUUUUAUUACUAAUUAUAAGAUAAUGUAUUUUUCAUUAUUAUUACCUCAAAUAAUUCAUACCAUUGAUUAUUCAAAUAAUAGUUCAUCAAUUAGUUAUAUUUUAAAUAAUCUUGAUGGUUAUACAAAUUAUUCAUGUUCGAUAAGUGCAUGUACAUCAAGCGGAUGUAGUGUAUAUAGUCAAUCAUUUGUAUUUAUUACAGAUGAAAGUGUUCCCUCAAAACCAACUGAAGUUUUCUUUCCUGAUGUUGAUCAUUGGUCAGCAAAAAUGACAUGGCAACAACCAACAAAACUAAAUGGAAUUCUAAUUAGUUAUAAACUUGUAUAUUGGCGUUCAGAUGAUGAACAAACACGAAUUGAAAUUGAUAAUUUAACUAGUACAAUAAAUUCUUAUCUAGUUGAAAGUAUGAUAAUAUUAUUAAGAAAAAAUUAUAAAUCGUGUUAGGUCUUUUUUUUGCCUAUAAAUAAUAAGCGGUAGAAGAGUGUGGAUGUUGAGUAUAUUAAGACGAUCAAAUUGAGUGUAUCUUAUGCUAAUCAAUAGUAGAGAUGUCUUCUUUUGUUGUUUAUCGAAACUCAAGUUAAUUUUCAGGUAAUCAAAGAGCUUUAAAUUGUAAUAAGACGAUUCUAUAGUGGAUUAAUCAUAAAAAUUUUCCUAUAAGUUCAUCUGAAUUCUUGAUCUUGAAUUAAGUCUUACGUCUAGAAAUAAAAGAACGUAUUAAAUUUGGAAAUAUUUCAUUUUAAAGUAGCAAAUUUUUUUUUUCUAA